AAUACAAUGUAAAUCUCAUGUAAACAAAAAAUGGCAUUUUCUUAUGCUAAGUUGACAGGUGGGUGGAGAUUUAUUUCAGCUUGCCUUUUAUCUGCUUUUAAGUUUUGUAAUUAUCACCAAAGGAAUUUGGCGGUAAACUACAGAAGUGUUAGUGACUCUGCAAGCCAAGGCAUGGGUUAAAAAGAACACAUGGCAAAAGCAGGAAGUGGGAAGGCCUCCUUUUUACUGGCAACUAAGUGUUGUUACAAAAUAUAAUGGCAACUGUACAACCAACCAAUCCAUUUGUUUAAAGAACUUUAGUGAGACUCAUUUGACAGUAGAUGAAGCAGUCUAUCAGCUAUUACAAAGUACAAAGUAAUCAACUAAACACGAGUGCUAUCCUGUCUGCUCACAUGAGAUAAAGAUGCCCUAUCUCCCACAGAACAAAAACACUUAAUUUUUUUUCACCUUGUUUAGGCUUCAGAUGAAAACCGGAAGUGACUUAGAACCUCUUUCAGUCAAACUUAUUUCUGUCAUGGGGCAAGACAUUCCUUGACAGUCCAGAGUGUGUUUACCCCAGUACAUUAAUUUGGUUAAGAGGAGGUAAUACAAGCAGGGAUGGGAAAAAAAGGUGGCAACUAAAUUUCAAGUACAGAAGAACCUUUGCAGUUAUGAGAAGAGUAGUCAACUUAAGCUGCUGUUUGAGGUAAUGACUGCCUCAUCCCCAACUGUCAAUCUAGGAUUUAGCCACUAAAUUUCUAAAGGGGUCAUAAGAAAUUAAGAUAUUUCUCUAGAAAUAGUGUCUCUGUCAUGAGGACUCAAGUAGAUACAAGGUGUGGAGAGGCUGAAUGGUUUUCUGGUUCCAGAAUAUAUUUUAAAUACAUAUUUACAAGAGGUUUUCAUGAAGGAUUUUUCUUUUUAAAUGGGAUACUGUAACUUUGCUGCCUGUUCUCAGACCUGUUGGCAGUUUCCUUAAACUAUCCAGUUUCUCAUCUGUUGCUUUUUCAUUUUGUAUACUGCACGUUCCCAAGUAACUCUCAAAUUUGUAAACAGAGCUAUGGAUACACUAUUUGCUUUAACAGUAGUUACCUGGAAAUCUAGGUCUCUGUUUUUGUUAUUUUCCCCUCCCCUAGAUUUCUUAAUCAUAUAUAACUAACAUUGUGGUUAAGGUUGAUUUACAGGUUCCUAAGGCUGUGUCUGAUGGUUUGUGGCCUUUAGUUGGAAGCAAGAGAAGAAUGAGUGGUCAGGAACUGGUCACUUUGAACGUGGGAGGGAAGGUAUUCACCACAAGGUCUUGCACCUUAAAGCAGUUUCCUGGCUCUCGGUUGACGAGAAUAUUAGAUGGCAGAGACCAAGAAUUCAAGAUGGUUGGUGGCCAGAUUUUUGUGGACAGAGAUGGUGUUUUAUUUAGUUUCAUCUUAGAUUUUCUGAGAACCCACCAACUUCUACUACCCACUGACUUUUCAGACCAUCUUAGACUUCAGAGGGAGGCUCUAUUCUAUGAACUCAGUCCUCUGGUGGAUCUCUUAAACCAAGAACACAUGUUACAGCCAAGACCUGCUCUUGUGGAGGUACAUUUCCUAAGCCGAAAUACUCAGGCUUUCUUCAGGGUGUUUGGCUCUUGCAGCAAAACAAUUGAGAUGCUAACUGGGAGGAUUGCAGUGUUUAUAGAACAACCUUCUGCACCAGCCUCGAGUAGUAACUCUUUCCCUCCUCAGAUGACGUUACUUCCAUUGCCUCCACAAAGACCAUCUUACCAUGACCUGGUUUUCCAAUGCGGCUCUGACAGCACUACUGAUAACCAAACAGGAAUCAGGUCUGUGAAGUGUCAGACCUCAAGAUGGACAACAGCUGUUUCAUUAGAUACAGCAUCUAGUUCUCCAGUCAUAAACCUGUACAACAUUCACUGAAAUUUGUUGGCCUAUUUCUAACAGGCUUGUUUAUAUGCAUUCUUACUCUAUCCUGGACUGGAAUCAGAAAAUUGGACAAUGUUGCAGGUUCUGACUGAUGCAGGCCCACUGACCAGCCAAAGUGAGAAGUGGUAAGUAAAAGUCCUUCUUCAUGGGAAUAGUGAUGGGUGUUUUAAAAACUUGGAAUCAAGUACACUUUUUAUGAGUACAAUAAGAAAUGAUUCAUGAGCUGAAUAACAGGAUAUAGUGGUCAAUUUAGAAAUACAUAUUCAAAUUAAAUAAAAAUCUCUAUGGAUAACCUACAUUUGUCGACAGAUCCAAUUUUAGGAAAGGUUUUAAAAAAUCAUGAAUAAUCAUCAAAGCCACUGCUCCUCAGACUUCUCCACAAAAGUUUGGUUAAUAGCAGAGGAGAGUGAAUAACUGCCCCCAAAUCUGGGUCCCAAGAUAGAAUUUUCUUUAGUUUUGCAUUUUGUCUUUAAUUUAAAAUGAAAGUGCAUUAUAUACCAUAAUAGUCCUAUGGUUAAUAUAAAUAAAAUGCUUAUAAUUUUUUUCAAAAUCUGAGUAAAAUCGAUAUUUUAGAAGAUGAUCCAAGUUUAUUCAGCUUUUAACACCCUGAAAUACUGAAAGUUCCCAUUGCCUAAAAGGACUUGUACAGGCAAGGUUCUAGGCUAUUUCAUGGUUGUACAAUACAUUCCUUUUCAGUUCUUUCUCCUACAGUGUAGCCAACGCUAUUUAUAGUGGUAUAUGGCAGGGAAUUGAUUAAUUAAUGCUUACCCACAUUGAAACUGAGAGUGUUACAGAAACUGAAAAUUCACAGAGUGAAAUUUCAACAGACUACACUACAAGAAAAGUUAAAGAAGUCCUUCAGACAGAAGGCAAAUGAUACCAGGUGGAAAUACAGAUUUACACAAAGGGAUGAUGAGCGCUGGAAAAGGUAACUAUGUAAGAUUUUUUUCUAUUUACUUCUCUUUUAAGAUAAUCAACUGUUUAAAAAAAGUAAUAUCAAUAUAUUAUGGGGGUUACAACAUGCACAAGGUAAAAUAUAUGAAAACAAUAGCAUAAAGUCCAGGAAGGGAAAAAUAAAAGUAUGAUAUUUGCUGUACAUAUAGUAGUGUAAUAUCACUUGGAAGUAGACUGAUAAGUUAUAUAUACAGACUAUAAACCCUAAAACAACCAGUAGAAUAAAAAAAAAACAAUAUUAGAUAGUAAGCCAACAAAUGAGAAAAAAUGGAUCCAUAAAAAAUUCAAU